CCAGGUUUGGACCACACUUCCUCCCAUAAUUUACUUUUUUUUUACAGAGCCUAUUGAUGUAUUAGCAUCUGUAUUUAGUUUAAAAAAAUUAAUUAUGUAAUAUGGAUUAAAUGUCAUAACUAACUAGCUAACAGGCAUUGAUUUGACAUUUCCUCUCCUAUCUAGAUUGAUCAUCUGCUUACCUAUUAAACACUGUUGAAGUGAAGUGGUUUUGCUGUUUGAGCUGAGAGCUGUGCUGUGGUAGUGUUCACUGCCUUGUUUGAUCCUAAAGCUGUCUGUUGAAUUCAUACUCAGCAGAUUCUAAUUUAUAAAGCAUCAAAAGUUUUCAAAACUACCCUGAGAUAUUAUAAUACAAUAAAAAGCUCUUUUUGCUAGCCAUACCACGCUAAAAAUACAAGGGCAUACAAGCAUUUUAACUUUGAUGAAGAAGAAAAAGUGUGAUUAAUUACAGUUAUUGUUUAUUAUAGUAAUUUAUAACACCUUGUUUUUAUAAUAUAAUAUUUUUUCAAAAAUAUUGCAAUGUAAUAUCUUGCUUACAGUUGUAUCACAAUGUUGUAACCCCUGUUUUUUAUUGUAUUGCCAGGUUCUUGCCAAAAACAGCCUAUACAAACUCUUAGGUGUAACCAUAUUUAUACAGGUCUGCUCUGUUCAGAUGCAUUAGCAGCUGGGAUCCAGGCGGUGGUGCUGUGACCUAAUAAAGCUUAGAGUGGAGAAGCAGCACUGAGUGGUUUAAGGUUCAGAGCCAGAACUCUUCCCUGAGAACCAACGAGAGAAAGAGAGAGAAACAGUCCAGAUCCAGACCUACAAAAACAUCCUCAGCCUCAGAGCAUUUCACCCAGCCAGCUGGCAGCCUGCCCCCGUUCCCCCGUUCCCACAGGAGAGCAAGAGAGACGAAGAGAGGGAGAGAGGCAGUGUGAGAAAAAGAAAUAUGUACAUGUGGGUUUAGUGCAUGGUUUUGGAGUUUUUACACCUCUGGCGUUUGCUUGGCCGCAGUGUUCUCCAUCCAGAUCUCCUCAGUAACUCAGCAGGACCACAGAGCCACCGUCCCCCGUCCUCCUCUCAAAUAUCAGCGAUAAAGACUGAAAAAUUUGUGGCUGAAACUUCAGACAGGUUCUGGGGAGAAAAACCCAGAGUGAAAAAUUUCUCCUUUGCCAGGGAGAACUCUGCGUUUCUCAGAAACAUCUCGGAGGAGCCUGUGAAAACCAGAAAGGCCCGAACCGCUGGCGCUGAAAUAGUGUGUUAAUAGAGCGCCACCUACUGGAGAAGAAUGAGUCUGUCUGCACAAUCAGAGGGUGUUGACCCUGUCGCACUGCGAGAGCAGUUUUUUGACCUGUGGAUGAGGAAAGAGUUGGAGGCGCUGAGGAAGCUGACGAUGUCUGGAUUCUCGCGGCUGCAGGACCCUCUGACGGGGCUCCUCAUCAUCCUGGAGGGUUGCCCUGGUAUCCAGAAGGGUAAAUCCUCCACUCUGGGUCAGUUGGUGCUGGCGGAGUUCGUGCAGUGGAGGCGGAGUCACCCGCGGGCGAGUUUACAGAGUUUAAUGGAGGAAGAGAAGCUGAAGCUGCAGCUCCGAGCCCUGAACCUCAUCACCUCCUCCCAGCCUGGGUACCUGGACCCCCUGCUGGAGAUCUACGAGCUCCGAACCCUGGAGACCAGCCACCUGUUACAGCACGUCACCUACCUGCAGGACACCUGCUGUUAUAGAGAGGCAGCUUUGCUCAGCAUGAAGGUAGAACUCCAGAAAGUGCUGGACAUGGAGCAGAUGUGCGUUCCUCUCAUUCUCCUGGAUAAGCUGCCGCUGGCUGAAUCCUACGUUCGGGAUUAUCCUGAGCUGCAGAGGCGGCUGGUCCAGCUGCUGGACUCCUGGUGUAGCCCUGACUUCAGCCUGGACAAUCUGCGCAGGCGGUUUCCUCGCCUGUCCCUCUCCAAACACCAAACGGACCAAAUUCAGCCGAAGCUGCUUAGCAGACACGUCUUCCGGCUCAUGGAGAAGUUCAGCGUUGAUCCAGGCGUGUGUGUGAACUCGGUUCACAAGAGGAAGCUGGACUCCCUGAGGUUUCUCAUGUACAAGAGGUUCAAGGAGAAAAGCAUGACUGAGGAGAACUGGAGGGACCACGUCCAGGUGACUGUGGAGGGCAGUUUGGAGCUCCAGGUUGUGCUGGUAGAGCUCCUGGUUCAUUACUCGGGGCUCCAGGUUGGUGCUCAGUGGGCCAAACGCUACAACAUACCCAGACACCGACUCCCGUUUGGGGUUUGGGACACCAUGGUGAGCCUCUCCUCCAAUCAGCUGGAGGUGAGUGAGAUGAAUGAGGUAAAUGAGGUUUUCUGCUCGCUGGAGUCGUGGGUAACUCCUCAGUCCCACCAGCUGCAGUACUACCAGCUCCCCCUGACCAGAGAGAAGAUUCACUUCAUACAGACGCUGGAGCAGCUGCAGCUCUGCAGAGACACUGUAUUACAGGCGGGUGUUGUGGUGGGUGUGGAUAUGGAGUGGAGAGCGGGUUUCGGCACAGUGUUCACUCAGAACGUGGCUCUGAUCCAGUUGGCGGUGAAGGGGCAGGUGUUUUUGUUGGACCUGUGCUCUCAGAGUCUGAACUGCCACAGUCUGACUGUGCAGUUCAUCCGAGCGCUGCUCACCGACUCCAGCGUUCUUAAACUGGGUUAUGGGAUGUCUGGGGAUUUUAAGAGUCUGGUGGCCACAUGGCCGGAGCUGAAGGAAGAACCUUUGGAGGUUAAAGGAGUGUUAGAUCUGCUCCACGUCCAUCAACAGCUGCAGCGGUGCUGGCGGGGGGGCGGCGGCGGCUCUCGGUCGGUGGAGGUGAACGAGGGAUCGGCGGAGAAAGGGUUGAGUCUGUUGGUGCAGCAGGUUCUGGGGAAACCGUUGGAUAAGAUGGAGCAACUUUCUAACUGGGAGAGGAGACCACUGCGCACCAGCCAGCUCCGAUACGCAGCUGCGGAUGCGUACUGCCUUCUGGACGUCUACCUCACCCUCUCCCACAACCCUAAAGCCUUCGGUCUGCCUGAAGACCUUCAGUCCAUCCCCUCCAGCCAGGGAGCAAAGAGCCGCCAGGAGAAGAAACACAGAGAGAAGAGCAGGAAGAGCUCAGACCCGCAGACUCGUAAAAAGGUCCAGACCCCGGCCGGUGGUCCGAAGGAGAGCAUGAGCAGCAUGAGCAGCAGCGUGAGCAGCAGUAGUGAACACUGGGAAGCCUCCAUCUCUCCACACGAGCUGCGGGUGGUGUGUGAUAACAUGCUGCAGGGCCUGGGGAGGUUCCUGCGCUGCCUGGGCGUCGACGUGCUGAUGCUGGAGAACACUGACGACCACAAAGUAGCAGCUGAGAUAGCUCGGGCAGAAGGACGUAUUAUUCUCACCGCUGGUCAGCCUUACCAAAGUCUGAGGUCUCAGGUAGCUGAGGGACGCUGUCUGACUCUGGACUGCUCAGAGAAAGCUCGAGACCAGGCCGUCUACGUCCUCAAACACUUUCACGUCAACCUCACUCCCUCUGACAUAUUCAGCCGCUGCCAGGCCUGCAAUAAUAACGAGUACUUGAAGGUGUCGCGAGAAGAGAUGACGCAGAUGCUGAGUAAACGAGGUCUGCUUCAGGAUGAGUCAGAGCGGUGCAGUACUCAGGGGGUAUCUGAGGGUAACAGGUCAGUAGACGCUCAGAUAUUUAACCCUUGCUGCCGCUGGGCUCCUCAGUCUGUUCUGGAUCUGGAGACGCUCCAGUUCCACAGCGGUUCUGAGAUCCAGUUGAAGACGGUUCCUCCGGGUCUGCUCCCGCGGAUCCCCGAAUUCUUCGUCUGCACCGGCUGCGGAAAAGUCUUCUGGGAGGGGACGCACUACGACCGGGUCCUGUCCCAAUUCCAGGAGGUGCUGCAGCUGUCGGAUGGGGAGACGUGCAGCCAGGCCGGAGCAGUGCAGCAGUAGUGCAGGAGCACGGGGACUGGGUGGUUCUGGGUGGUUCUAAUGGUUCUUUAUCACAGGCUGUACGUUACCUGUGUUGGUCCAGUAGGUCCAGAACGACGCUAUACAAGCAAACUGUGUUCUGACCAUUGAGCUGCAUUUAAAUUCAGAGUAAAUUUGGAGUUAAUUUGUCUACAUUUGAUUAUUUUGGCCAGAUUUUCACUUUAAGAUUUACAGAUCAGGACUGACUCCAGAUCUGCUGUUCUGGAAACAGCUGAAAGCCUGAGUUCUGAUCAGGAUCUGGAUAAACGUGUAAAAUCGGAUUGACUAUUUUAGCCUGUUGUGAAUCUCUCUGCUUUCUCAGACUCUGAACUAAAGACCAAAAACUCAGAAAAAACAAGAGAUGGAUGUUCCUUUUUCAAUAUUCAAUACAUUGUUUCCUCAAUAUAAUGCAGCCCCUGCUACAAUAAUAAAUCAUUCUUUCAACUUUACAAUAUGUUGCUAAUAAAUUGAUCAUUCAUUGAUUCUCUCAGUUUAGUAGCCCAAGUAAUUUUAUCUCAAUUUAACAAGUAGUUUCCUAAAUUUAAUAAAGCAUUCUCUCAAUAUAACAAUCUGUUUCCUCACUUUACUAACUUGUUUCCCUAAUGUAUCAAUACAGUUAAGACACAAAGUCAAGACCUAAAUGUAAUAAAUUGUUCCCUUACUUUAACUUCAUCUAUACUUACUUAACGUUUCCCCAAUUUAAGAAAUUGUUCCAUAAAUGUUCUACCAAGUACCAAUUUGUUCACUAAAUUUAACGAUAUUCUCAAUUAACCAACCCAUUUCCUGAAUUUAAGAAAUGAACAAUCUGUUUCCCAAAUGUAAAAAUAAUUCCCUAGAUUAAAUUAAACAUCCCCUCUAAACUGAUGGAAAUACUAAGGGCUCUGUAUUCUACUUUCUGAAAAUGUACAGGUGUUGGACAAUUAAACUGAAACACCUAGUUUUAGAGAACAAUAAUUUAUUGUGGUGACGGACAGUUCUUUUGGAAGCAGGAGAGUUGAGGUGCACAUUGAUUUCUGCCGUGAUUUGGGCAGCCGUGGUUUUAUGUUUUUUGGAUACAAUCCGGGUUAGCACCCGAACAUCCCUUUCAGACAGUUUCUCUUGCAUCUACAGUUAAUCCUGUUGAAUGUGGUUGGUCCUUCUUGAUGAUAUGCUGACAUUACCCUGGAUACCGUGGCUCUUGAUACAUAACAAAAACUUGCUGUCUUGGUCACAGAUGCGUCAGCAAGACGUGCACCAAUGUUGUGUGCAUUGCAAUACUUAGAGCAAAACUGUGCUCUUACCCUGCUAAUUGAACAUGCACACUCUGCUCUUACUGGUGCAAUGUGCAAUUAAUGAAGAUUGGCCACCAGGCUGCUCCAAUUUAGCCAUGAAACCUCCCACACUAAAAUGACAGGUGGUUCAGUUUUAUUGUCCAACCCCUGUAUUUCACAUCCAUUUAAAUGUUUAAGAUAAUUUAGCCAUAUGAUGCUAAUGUUGUUGGUAGUUAGCAAUUAGCAACAUUAGCAUUAUUGAUUGAACCAGUUGUGCCAUUCUUGAUCUUUUUCAGACAUAAUCACUCAGAUCAAUCAGUUCUGCAGUUAGUUUGUAUCUGAUGAACUCUGCUGUUUGUUUUAUAUGAGCUCAGUUUUGUUUAUAGAGCUUCAGUUAUUCAUACAACAUUUAUAAUGGACAUAAUGGACUCUGGGGGUGUGGCUUUUUCAAUAGUGCUCAUAAUGCAUUAUUAACACCUGGUUAUUUUAUUAUGUCUUAUGAACUGUUUUUUUUUAGAUUGUUUUUUUUACCUUGUGUAAUGUUAAUUUUAUUUUGUUUCAUACAUCCUGUUUAAAAAAGACAAAUCGAUUAAAGUCUUGACCUGUUGUUA